UAAGCUCACAGCCCCAAACCGAUUACAGUGCAAAAAUUCACACAACUGUCAACAAUAACUGAAAAGGCUGUAAAACAUUCCAUAAAAUUUAUUUAUUUUGUCUCGAUAUGUUUAUAGUGGCUGUAACUGGUGGCAUUGCUACGGGGAAAAGCACCGUCACUAAAGUCUUCGAACGUAAUGGCAUUCCAGUCAUUGAUGCGGAUAGAAUAGCGAGGGAGAUUGUAGAACCAGGUCAGCCAUGCUGGCAAAAGAUUCGUGCCGCCUUUGGCGACGAAGUACUGCUACCCAGCAAAGAAUUGGAUCGGGCUGCACUAGGAAGAAUGAUCUUUGAGAAUAAGGAGUUACGUGGAAAACUAAAUCAGAUUACACACCCCGUAAUACAUCGAACUAUCUUUUGGCGUGUCUUCAAGCUAUUUAUGUCUGGUCACGCUUGGAUUGUCCUGGACUUGCCACUACUCUUUGAGACAGGUAUUCUUAUGGAUUUUAUACACAAAAUUGUGACCGUGUCCUGUGACUCCGAUAAGCAGUUGCAGCGAUUGUUGGCACGCAAUGAACUCUCUGAGACGGAGGCGCUGAAUCGGAUCGAGUCGCAAAUGCCACUAGAGAAAAAAUGCGAGAAGUCCCAUUUCGUUGUAGACAAUAAUGGCAGCGUCGAUGCCACGGAAGAAGCCGCCAUGCGCAUUUAUACCAUGAUGCAGGAGAGCAAGCAACAUUGGUACAAUCGUUUCUCACUUAUUGGAGCCAUUUUGAUUAUAUGCUUUACAAUCAUUUUCCUAAGUACAACAUUUGAUCUGUGGCCCAAUGCUUGGCGCCUUUAAAUAUUUUUAUUGUACUUGUGUGUUCGUUUUAUAUUUAUGUUUUUGUGUUUGUUUUUAUAAUGCUCACACACGCAGUCGCAUAGCCAAGUAAUAAAAUGCCGCAAUACCAAAGGUUUUAAAUGAA